UUCAGUGUUUGGCUUGAGAAAUUAAGUUCGGUUAGACUACGCAAAUAUAAAAUUUUAUGGCAAUUUCAAUACAUUAUAUGGCAAGUAAAUGCUAUAUAGAUACUGCAUAGGCAGUUCAAAGAAAUUCAAAAGUGAAUAUGUUCGUGAUUUUCUCAGCUCUGGCGGAUCGAUUUGUUUAGGUGCUGUCGGAACUUGACUUCUUUCCGGCAGAAGUUCAAUGCAAGAGCAUGGCUAUGAUCACAUCUUUUCAAGAUGCAUCACUACAAGAAACCUUAGGCUUGGCAUGACCCUUCACUCUCAUCUCAUCAAGACAGCACUUGUCUUUAACUCUUUUGUCUCCCACCGUUUGAUGGACAUGUACAACAAAUGCAACGCCAUUGCCAAUGUCCAAAAAGUUUUUGAUGACAAUCCCGUUAAGAAUAUUCGAUCUUGGAACACUAUAAUCGCUUCUUAUUCGCAUGCUGCUAUGUUCGACACUGCCCGUCACCUGUUCGAUACAAUGCCUGAACCAAAUCUUGUUAGCUAUAAUUCACUCAUUUCUGGCUUGUCUCGUCAUGGCUUUCAUAACGAAGCAGUUGGUGUUUUUAAAAUGAUCCAAAGAGACUCUGGUUAUUUAUGUUUUGAUGAGUUUACGGUGGUCAGUGUAGCUGCUUCUUUAGGCCAAUUGGAUAUGUUACGUGAACUGCAUGGGGCAGCAAUACUUAUCGGGUUGGAGUUUAAUACCAUAGUUUAUAACGCUUUAGUUGAUGCUUACGGCAAAUGUGGCGAACCUAAUAUGUCUUAUCGUAUAUUUCGUCGAAUAAUUAGAAGGGAUGUUGUCUCAUGGACUUCUAUGGUCGCAGCCUAUACUCGGGCUUGUAGAAUGGAUGAUGCUUUUCGUGUUUUUGAAGAAAUGCCAGUUAAGAAUGUUGUUUCUUGGACUAGUUUGAUAGCUGGUUUUGCAAAACACGGGAGUAGUUAUAAGGCUUUGGAGCUUUUUGUACGAAUGCAGGAAGCUGGUGUUCUGCCCAGUGCAUUUACCUUAGUUAGCGUUUUAAAUGCUUGUGCAGAUCAAGCGCUUAUUGAGAAAGGUAAACAGAUUCACGGAUACAUCAUUAGAAGGAGGAGUGAGAUCGAUGCGUCCAAUAUUUACAUAUUUAAUGCAUUAAUCGACAUGUAUUGUAAGUGCGGAGAGAUGAAAUCAUCAAAGGCGUUGUUUGAGAGUAUGCCAGAGAAGGAUGUCGUGUCUUGGAACUCGCUGGUAACAGGACUUGCACAAAAUGGAUAUGCGGAGGAAUCACUCGAGCUCUUUCAGAAGAUGAAAGCAGCAAACAAGAUCCCAAAUCAUGUCACAUUUCUCGGGGUGUUAUCUGCUUGUAGUCACAGAGGUCUAGUUUCUGAAGGACUUCAAAUUCUGGAGGCUAUGGAGAAUGUUUACGGCGUAAUCCCAAACGCAGAUCACUAUUCGGUAUUGGUUGAUCUGUUAGCAAGGAAAAACAGGCUGGAGGAAGCAAUGAAGUUAAUAGAGAAAUCACUAAAUGGAUCAACACAUGCUGGUAUGUGGGGCGCACUCUUGGGCGCUUGUCGUGUCCAUGGAAAUGCAGAUCUUGGUAGCCAUGCGGCUGAAGCCCUUUUUGAGUUGGAACCUACUAAUGCUGGAAGGUACAUUAUGCUGUCCAACAUAUAUGCUGCAGCUAAUAAGUGGAAUGAAGCCGAGAGGGUGAGGAAGGUGAUUGGGGAAAAAGGAUUAAGAAAAGAUGCUGCUCAAAGUUGGAUUGAGGUGAGAAAUGAAAGAUAUCAAUUUGUUAGCGGAGGCAGAGUCCAUCCUCGGAUUGAAGAUAUUAACAAAUUGAUUACUCACCUGUUUUUCCACAUGAAGGGGAUUACUUGGGAUGAUGCUUUAUUAUGAAGUUAUCAAAGAAACUCUUAGAGGAAUACUGCAUUAUGUUUUGGUCUAAACAACCAACGAGCUAUAGCUCAAUAAUAAACAGUUCGACCCUGCACUUGAAAAUAUCGCCAAUCUCAGUUCCAGGAACAGAUCCCACCCGUUUUGUUGUAUUAACACAUCCCUAAACGCAUCUUCAUGAAGGUUAAUACUAAAGGAUGUUCCCUUCGAUUUGGCGUCAACUUUAAAUUUCGAAAGCACCUCAUUGAACAAUUUUAAAGCAUCUUUAAAUUUCUCUAUUGUUGGGCGAUGGGUUCGAUUGGACUGAGACCUUGUUCUUGACGUCGGAACAAGAACCCCUGUUCAUGGAAACAGAACAAGAAAGAACCCUGUUCCUGGAAUUGGGGAUAAUAGCAUAUGCUGUUAUUGGCUCAUCUUGCGGCCAGAUUCACCAAAAAUUAAAAGAACUUGCAGCGCAAUUUGAUUUGAA